UGGCCCUGCUCACCUGUCCCCUCCUGUUCCUGCAGCGAUGGCAGCCAUCAGGAAGAAACUGGUGAUUGUGGGAGACGGUGCCUGCGGGAAGACGUGCCUGCUGAUCGUGUUCAGCAAGGACCAGUUCCCCGAGGUCUAUGUGCCAACGGUAUUCGAGAACUACAUUGCUGACAUCGAGGUCGACGGGAAGCAGGUGGAGCUGGCGCUGUGGGACACGGCAGGACAGGAGGACUAUGACAGACUGCGGCCCCUCUCAUACCCAGACACGGAUGUUAUUCUCAUGUGCUUUUCUAUCGACAGCCCGGAUAGCCUAGAGAACAUCCCGGAGAAGUGGACCCCGGAGGUCAAGCACUUCUGCCCCAACGUGCCCAUCAUCCUGGUGGGGAACAAGAAGGACCUGCGGAACGACGAGCACACGCGGCGGGAGCUGGCGAAGAUGAAGCAGGAGCCCGUGAAGCCAGAGGAGGGAAGAGACAUGGCCAACCGCAUCAACGCCUUCGGCUACCUCGAGUGCUCGGCCAAGACGAAGGAGGGUGUGCGGGAGGUCUUCGAGAUGGCUACCCGCGCAGGGCUGCAGGUCAGGAAGAACAAGAAGCGCAGGGGCUGCCCGCUGCUGUGAGCAGCCGGCCGGCGAGGCGGGCACUGCCCCGAGCAGCAUUCAGACACCGCAGCGGAGCUCGUCCCGCCUGCAGCUGCCCCGGACCCUCCUCCUGAG